AAUGCACCUUACCACACAUGUUUAAGCUAACUACUGCAUGAUAAUUGUGUCAUUAUACAUGGAAAUAUAGUAAUUAGAUGUGACUAAGUCCUCUCCUGCCUCCUGAAGGUAGCCAGCCAUAUAGGACAUCAUCAAGAACUGGUCCAUUGAGGAGAAGAGAAGAGUUCUUGGAAGGCUCUCUUCUCCCAUGCCAGGGAGUUGGUGUCUCUAGGAUACCUGCAGAGAAAGACAACCACACACACAUAUUUAUCACGAGAGAGUAGAGCUGCAAGGAGGAAGAAAGGAUUCAGAGGGAGGAAGGAGAGGGAGAGAUGGGAGGUGAACAUGGCAAGCUCAUCAAGAGCUUGAAGGGUGCAGCUCAGAAGUAUCUCGGUGUCGGCUUCUUGCUCGGCUUCUUCCUCGUCCUCCUCACCUACUUCACCGUCUCCGAGCAGUUCGCCAUCGCCGCACCCAACGCUAUUCGGAAAACAUCACCGGGGCACCCCUCACCGACGAUCACCCCGGCCGUGGAAGAGAAGAAGCAACUGCCCCCUAUCAUAGAGCAGAAGCAGCCACCAAAGGCAGAGCAUGAGCAUGCAGCGGUAGUACAGGAGAAGACCCCGUCAGCUGAAGAGAUAGAGAUACAGAAAGAAACAGAGGAGGACCAUACCCAGGACAAGCCCACUGAUGUCGCCACCGUGGAGGAGAGCGCUCCGGCCAAGAAGCCGGCGUGUGACAUCCAGGGGCCAUGGGCCUCCGACGUGUGCAGCAUCGACGGCGACGUGCGCAUCCAUGGCGCGGCGCACACCGUCGUCAUCCCGCCGCCGAUCGAGGCCGGCGGCAGCAACCCGAACCCGCAGGAGUGGCGCAUUCUGCCCUACUCGAGGAAGCACAUGGGCGGGCUGAAGGAGGUGACGGUGCGCGAGGUGGCGUCGGCGGGGGACGCCCCGGCGUGCGACGUGCGGUCGCCGGUGCCGGCGCUGGUGUUCGCCAUGGGCGGGCUGACGGGCAACUACUGGCACGACUUCAGCGACGUGUUGAUCCCGCUGUACCUGCAGGCGCGGCGGUUCGACGGCGAGGUGCAGCUGGUGGUGGAGAACAUCCAGAUGUGGUACGUCGGAAAGUACAAGCGCAUCCUGGACCGGCUGUCGAGGUACGACAUUGUCGACAUGGACAAGGACGACAAGGUCCGGUGCUUCCCCGGCGCGGUGGUCGGCAUCCGCAUGCACAAGGAGUUCAGCAUCGACCCGGCGCGCGAGCCGAUGGGGCACUCCAUGCCGGAGUUCACCAAGUUCCUCCGCGAGACCUUCUCGCUGCCGCGCGACGCGCCGGUGAGCGUCAAGCCCGGCGACGAGGCGAGGAAGCCGCGGAUGAUGAUCAUCUCGCGGCGGCACCCGCGCAAGCUGAUGAACGUGGACGAGGUGGUGCGGGCGGCGGAGCGCGUGGGGUUCGAGGUGGUGAUCGGCGACCCGCCGUUCAACGUGGACGUCGGGGAGUUCGCGCGGGAGGUGAACCGCGCCGACGUGCUGAUGGGCGUCCACGGCGCCGGCCUGACGAACUCGGUGUUCCUGCCGACGGGCGCCGUGUUCAUCCAGGUGGUGCCGUACGGGAAGAUGGAGCACAUCGGGAAGGUGGACUUCGGCGAGCCGGCGGAGGACAUGCAGCUCAAGUACAUCGCCUACUCCGCCGGCGUCGACGAGAGCACGCUGGUGGAGACGCUGGGGCGCGACCACCCGGCGGUGCGCGACCCGGAGUCGGUUCACCGGAGCGGGUGGGGGAAGGUCGCCGAGUACUACCUCGGCAAGCAGGACAUCCGGCUCGACCUCGCCCGCUUCGAGCCCGUCCUCCGCAACGCCAUGGAUCUCCUCAAAGAGAACUAAUAGAGAGUGUAAUUAGGCUAAGCUAGCUUAGCUGCACCAUUUCAUUCUAUCUUAUUUUUCUUCUUUUACUCUCUAUUCUUUUGAGUUCUUUCACAGCAAACAACGAUCGAUUGAAUGAUCAUCAUCACAGCUUUACAAUUGCAUUCAACUCUUCUUUGUAUCCCGUUUGAUGCACAUAAUGGAGGGUGGAUUGGAACGAAU